AUGGCUUUGCAAGAAUUAGAGCGUUCUCAUGUUCCACAGCUUGAGGAUACGGACAAGUAUUCAUUGAUAUUCUACUAUAAUGAACAAACAGAAGCAGACCUGGUGAAAGAAGUUGAUACUCUGUUGGAACAAAACAAGGACGAUAGCGUUCUCUCCAACGCGUAUUGGUUCAAAAGCAAUAUUCAUCCCGAAACGAUCAAUUAUAUUGGUGCUUCAAUUGCUAAUGUGAUUGGCAUUGAUCUCGAGGGUGAGAUGAAAAACAAUUUGUGUGCCGUCAUGUUGGGAACCAAAGGAAAGAAAUUCAUGACAAGUCUCAAGACUCCACUUGAUAAAGAGGCUUUAAAGACAUGGCUUGCCUCCGUUCAAGACGGAACUGCAAAAGCUGAAGUGAGAAGUGAACCAAGACCUCCUAACGAUGAAUAUCCUGGUAAGAAAGGCCUCAAAAAACUGGUUGCCACAGCUUUUGAUGAAAUUGUGCUUGACUCACAUGAUAAGGAUGUUUUUGUUGAUAUUUAUGCUGAUUGGUGUGGUCCUUGUAUUAUGGUGGGCCCUAUGAUUGAGAAAGUUGCCAACGUUUUACAACCUGAAUCAGGUAUUGUCAUUUGUAAAAUGAACUCGGAUUUGAAUGAUUAUUCGGAUGAACUGUUCCCUGAAGGUACUAUUCCUAACAUGAAGCUUUUCCCUGCUGGUGAUAAGGAAAAGAAGAACAAUCCAAUUAAAUUCUCAGGUAAAAGAAGUGCAGCAGGAAUUUUGGCCUGGAUUCAUGAAAACGCAACAAACAAAUUUGAUUUGGACAAGUAUUUGCCUGAUUGCAAGAAAUUCGACGACUUCUUCUUGUUAAAAAUGGAGGCUGAAGAAAUGAUUCAGGAAGUUAAAAACGAUUUGGAUUUCGUUCCUGAGAGUUCAACUCCAGACUUGGAGAAUCUGUUGAAGGAUUUAGAAAAGAAAAUUGAUGAAGAGGAGGUUGGCGAUGUAACAAAUUUAUUGGAGAGCUUGAAAAUUUCUACUGAUAGGGAACAAGUAAAACAAGCUGCUGACAAGAAACGAUUAGGAAAUGUCGUCAAGAUUCACAACAUGAGCGAAUUUGAUGAGGCCUUAAAGCAUGACAAGUUAGUUGUUGUUGAUUUUACUGCCUCGUGGUGUGGACCUUGUCAAUUUAUCGGACCAAUUUUUGCAGCCAUGUCCUCACAAUAUGCAGAUGCCAAGUUUUUGAAGGUCGAUGUGGAUGAAUGCCAAGAUGUUGCAUUGAAGUGUGGAAUUGAAGCAAUGCCUACCUUCCAAUUCUUUAAGAAUGGUUCUAAGAUUGCUGAAAUUCAAGGUGCAGAUCCAGAAGGUCUCGACGAAGCCAUUAAUAAGCACCUUUAA